AUGUGCAGACUCUGUAAGUACCAACUCCCGCUCAAGCAGAGUCGAUGUUCUGACAAAGACAGGGUGGAUGAGUUCUUUGACACCUUCCCGUCCUUCCAGCUGUUCCACCGUCCCACGUUCUGGGACAAGCUGCAACAGUCUCAAAGCAGAAACGAGCUGAAUGCUCUCCUAGCGGCGAUUCUCGUCUUUGCUUUCAAAGACGAGGAAGCCAGUCAUGACCCUCUCGAUUCGACCAAGAACCUGUCACAGCACUUUGGCAAUUUGGCUGAGCAGUUUGCUGAACAAGCCAUGCGUGAGUACGCGGAACAAGGGGUGCCACUUCUGCUCCUGCAAUCCAUGAUUCUAAUCAAUCAUUGGCUGCUCAUCCGGUCGGUGCGCGGCAAGUCGUGGCGGUAUUUAGGUGUUUGCAUUCGUUGUGCCUACGAACUGAAUCUGCAUGCCGUCGACAAAGGUAAACAGCCGCAUGACCAGAUUGGGGACGUCGAACAAUGGCACGAAGACGAAGAGAGACGGCGAGCCUGGUGGGCGAUUUGGGAGAUGGACGUCUUCGCGAGUGUGGUCCGUCGUUGUCCCACCGGGAUUGAUUGGUCGUACAACGAAACAUUCCUGCCCGCCCCGGACAAAGACUGGUUUGGCAAUCAGCCACAGGAAAGCUGCUAUCUUACACCCAGCAUUGUUGACCGGUGGAAGAAGUUGAAAGGAUCGGGCAACAAAUCGCACAAGGCGUGGUUUCUGGUGGUCAAUUCAAUCGUUAAGGACGCGUCGAACGACUGCAAUCCGGCACAGAUGCAACUGGAACAAGCACGCCGUGCCCGAGAAGCGCGAGAGGGAUACAACAAAAUCAGUGCCCUUCACAACGUCCUCCAAUGCAUCGUCGAAAUGAUGCCUGCCGAACUCCGUUACCAAAACCAGUUCCUCAACUUCUCCCCACGAGAUUCCGAAUCACCCGCCACAACGACACGCUUGCUGCACCAAGAGAUCUACAGCAUGCAUAUGGCGGUACAGUAUGCCAAGCUGAUGAUUUAUAAGUAUUUCAUCUUCCAGAGUCAAAUGAGCUGGCCACAUCUUGAAGCGGAAUUGGCAAGAUUCAACGACCAUGCCGAGAGUGGGCUUGCGCCACAACGACAAUUUGGGAGCAAUGCGCCGAACAAUGCUGCGAGACAAUGUUUUGUGUUGUACCUGCAGGCCUCCCAGAAUGUGGUAAACAUCAUCCAACGAACUCAAACGAAUCAUUACAAGUUCGUUAACCCAUUCCUGGCGAAUACAAUAUGGCUAGCGACUGCAGUUCAGAUCUUGAAGCGCGAACUCUUACAGACCGACACAUCGGACCGGGAGUUGACUGCAUCGAACGCUGAGUUGCUUCGGAUGACAUAUCUGCAAUUUGAAGGAUACUGGGGCAUAUCCAACAUGCUAGAGAGAAACCUUUCUGCGUUGGAAGUCGAGCUG